AUGGAACACAUGGAAGACCUGCUACGUCGUCGCCGAGGGCUAAGAAGCGCAUUGUCUCGCACAGUCAAUGAAGCCACAGAGAAGCUCACUGGUGUCGAUCUAGCGGAAGAGGACAUAGAAGUGCUCGUUGCUCGAGUAAAGAAGCAGAUGGACAAUUUGGAGCGAGUGGAUGCGGAGUUGGAAUCUUUGUGGUCAGAAGAGGAAGUUGAGGAAGAACAAAAAGAAAGCUUCGAAUAUAUUGACCGAGCGACAGCUUUGCUGGCACGGCUACAGUUCAGGCUAGAACGAAUUAGCCCGACAAGGAGUUCGACAAGAAGCUCACAAGGACCUAUUCGAGAAGCGAGACAGGCUGAUGACGUUGGAAGUGCGAACGUUCGAGUCAGGUUGCCCAAGCUGGAGAUUAUAAAGUUCAACGGCCAGCGCAAGAAUUGGAUGAUGUUCUGGGAGCAGUUCCAACAAGUUGUCCACGACAACCAGAAGCUCAGUACGUGCGACAAGUUCAAUUAUUUACGAGCAGCACUGACCGGUGAAGCGGCGUCAGCCAUUGCUGGGCUACCGCCAACGGAACGAUGCUAUAAUGAUGCUGUGGACAUCCUCAAGGGACGUUUCGGCGAUGAGUCGCUUCAGAUAGAGGACCACAUGGGCAGGCUCAUGAGUCUCCAGCCCGUGAAGACAGCCCAGGAUACGAAAGGACUACGGAAGCUUCAUGACGAUAUCUCAUCGCACAUGAGAGCGCUGAAAGCACUGGGCGUAGCCGAGGAGUCUUUUGCGUCGAUGCUGUAUUCACUCAUGAUACGGCUUGUACCACAAGGAAUAGAAAUCAACUUCAAUCGAAAGACGUUGGAAGCUCAAGAGGAGACAUCUACAAACAGUAACAAUCAGGCAGUUAGUGCCGAAGACACUUCAGUAGGUCCCGACAAGCAACACGUGACGAAGGUGACUGAAUUCAUGAAGUUCCUCCGAGUGGAGGUAGAGAGCAGGGAGAGAUUGAAUGCCCAUGAAGAAAAGCCUUCGUCAGGGUAUAAGCAGAAGGACAACGAAGCUAAGACCCAGCACACAAGGAAAUUCAGAAGACCGUCAUCGGCCUCAGCGCUACUUCAUACGUCAGAUGAUAGUCCAGAAUGCUUCUUCUGUAAAGCGCGGGAGCAUGUGACUGCAGAAUGCAACGCGACGAUUCCAAAUGAAGAGAAGCUGCGUCAACUGCAAGAAGCAGGACGAUGCUUCAGAUGCACUUUGCCAAAUCACGUGUCAAGAAGGUGUUGGCGGAAGGUCAAAUGCGGGAAAUGUCAGAAGAGACACGUUUCGUCAGUGUGCAAGUUUGGAAGUCAGGAUUCUCCCAGCAAGGGCAAGUUGACCGGCGGGACGGCGCAGCUAAGCUUGGAGUUGGUGGAAGAGUCAAGGCGGCCAACAACCGUGCUGCAGACAGUCGUCGCCUGGUGCAAAGGAGAAGUUGGAGCGGACAAGUGCAAAGUUAUGUUUGACACAGGAAGCCAGAGGUCGUUUGUGACACUACAAACUGCUCAGAGGUUGAAAUGCAAGACAGUUGGUCACGAAGCAUUGAGAGUUGGCGUGUUCGGAGGACGACAAGAAGAGAGGACGUUUCGGCGAGUAUCCCUCAAGCGUCAGAGUAUGUACGGCGGUAUGGAGUACUACAUGGAAGUACUUGUCACGGACGUCAUCAGCACCCAAAACACAGUAGCACCAUGUUCCAGCAUAAUCAACGAAAUGAAAGGAAGGAACCUUUCAGUACAGCACUUGGUCUGCCCUGAAAGUCGAGAACAUAUUCAGGUCCUCGUAGGCACGGAUCAAUACUGGGAUCUCGUAACAGGAAGAGUUUUGAGACUAGGAAGCAGUUUACGGGCAGUGGAAACAAGACUCGGAUGGACAGUUCAUGGAGUGUGCCCAGAAAGUGGAAUAAUCAAGCACUGUAAUCAAGCUCUGGUGUUACGUAUAGCACUGGAUGAAUUAGAAACAGAUACGACGUUGAAGAAGUUUUGGCAGCUGGAAUCCAUUGGAGUGACACAUGACGCCGACGAUGAAAGGGACAAUACAGUGCUACGUCAGUUCUCAGAAACUGUGAAACUGAAGGAAGGGCGUUACGAAGUAGCGCUCCCGUUCAAGUCUACAGUGGACUUGGGAAGUAACAAAGAAGUAGCUCUGAAGAGGCUUAAUCAGUUGACUAGAAGACUCACUCGUAAUCAGGAGCUCUUGAAGAGGUACGACGAAACUAUACGAAUGUACAGUGAUGAGGGCAUGGCCGAGAGAGUAUACAGUGACGAGGAAGACGUCGUGUACUACAUGCCACAUCAGGCGGUUCUCAGAGACUCGAGCACCACAACAAAACUUCGGGUGGUAUUCGACUGUUCGUCCAGCUGCGUCACUGCCAAAUCGCUCAAUCAGUGUUUAGAAGCAGGACCGAAUCUAAAUCCGGAUGUUGUGGAAUUGUUAAUGAAUUUCCGGAUAAAGAAAAUCGCCCUGGUGGCCGACGUACAAGAAGCCUUUUUACAAAUAGAAGUACGAAAGGAGGACAGAGAUGCCCUACGUUACCUGUGGUAUGAAACAACGCCAAAAGGAGGAGUGCCACUACCAAAGAUAGAAAGCUGGCGGAUGACGAGAGUCCCAUUUGGUACGACGGCAAGUCCGUUUUUGCUUGCUGCUACGUUACGGAAUCAUUUCAAGGCGAUGGAAGAAGAGUACCCAGAGACUGCGAGCCGCCUAGGGAAACACAUGUACGUCGACGACCUGGUCAUCGGAGCCACUGAUGUGCAAGAGGCAAAGAAGAUCGCUAAAGAGGCAACAGAGAUUCUGGAGCGGGCGCACAUGAAGUUACACAAGUGGGCGUCAAGCGACAAUGACGUGCGUCAAUUCUUGCAAGCGGAGUCUGGUGAAAGGACAUUAGGAGACACGAAGGACAUGCAAAAGGUCUUAGGAUUAGCGUGGCUACCGGACGAAGACGUUUUAACGAUUUCAAUGAGCGACGUAUGGGACAUGCAUCAGGAACGAGGAGACACCAAGCGACGGGUCCUGCAGAUCACCGCACGAGUUUACGAUCCUUUGGGAAUGCUGGCACCUUUCACCGUAUGCGCAAGAAUAUUCUUCCAGUUGUUGUGGAAACGAAAGGUUGGUUGGGAUGACAUACUGCCCAUAGAACUUCAACCAACAUGGAAUCAGUGGUGUGCAGAGUUGUUGCACCUGCAAGACCUGAAAGUAUCAAGGUACAGCGGCCAGGACAAGGAUGCAGAUGUCGUGUUCACGAAGAUACAUAUAUUCUGUGAUGCAAGCCCCGCAGCUUAUGGAGCGGUAUCAUAUACAGUUAUGGAGGAUUCCAGUGGUACAAAGAGCCCAACAAUGCUAAUGGCGAAGUCUAGGCUCGCGCGAUAA